AUGGCGGCGGUGUCUCUGUGUGGGCUCUGCGGCGCCUUCGCGCCCCCCUACACAUGUCCGCGCUGCCACUGCCGCCUCUGCUCCCUGCGCUGCUACCGCGCCCACGGUUCCUGCGCCGAGGCCUUUUACCGCGAUCAGGUUCUUGAGGCGUUGCGCGCUGAGCGCAAUUCCCCCCCGGUUCCCGCGCUGCCCGGGCUGCGCGAACUACGCGAGCCCGGAGAUGCAUCCCGGCCUAGAGGCCGCGGGCUGUGGGAACAGCUCAGCGAGGCGGAGCGCGACGGGUUCCGGCGAUUGCUGAGUUCCGGGGAGGCCGCGGCGCUGCUACCGCGGUGGCGGCCAUGGUGGUGGCGCAGGCACGGGCGAGUGGAGGAGCUCGGGGAUGGCUCGGGGGCCGAGGAGGAUGAGCAGGGCGGUGAAGGUCGGCCCGGCCCUGCGCCGCCCGUCCCUACCUCGGUGUCCCCGCUGAGCGCCCUACGUGCCGCGCCCCCGUCCCCCUUGGUGCGGUUCCAGCUGCCGAAUGUGCUGUUCGGUUACGCCUUCGCGCUGAGCCUGCACGGCGGGGACGAAACGCUGCUCCCCGAGCUACCCGACGCCGCCAUCGCCGCCUCGGCCGCGCUCCGCGACCGCCGCCCCUUCACCAGCACGGCCGAGGCGCUUCUGAGCGCACGGCGCGACGCACGGGCCGCAGGGCUCCCCCUCAGCCCCCUUGGCGACAGUGGGGCGCUCCUGGCCGUUGCGCAGCUGCUGGAGGGUCGCGAUAGUCGCGACCCCGGCGCCGACGUGGCAGCGGCUUUGUGGCACCUGUGGCGACUGCUCAGGGCGGGGACGCGGGCGCUGCCGCCCCCCGAAUGGAGUCGCUUCCGAGGGGCCCGCAGGAAGGUCGGGUUCCUGCUGAGCUGGAGUCGGGGGGCCACCGAGGAGCUAGCCCAGCUCGCCCGGGAGGCCCGGGUGGUUCACGCCGAGGUGGCCGCGGAGGAGGCAGUGGUGGCCCAAAUCAGGGAGGGGCUGGAGAAGGUCUGGGGAGGCCCCCGGCCGCCCCCCAGGGAGGGGUGGGUAGAUCCGGCGCCUCGGGUAGUCACAGAUGUGGCCCGGGUGGUCAAGGAGGAGGUUGAGGAGGAUAUUGGGGAUCCCCGGCCACCCUCGGGUGUCAGUACUAAAAAGGCAGUGCAGGGUCCACGGCUGAUCGAAGAGCUGGAUUGAGAUGGGAAGAUCCCAAGGAAAUAGCCCUGGGAAAGAACCUGCUGAUUAAGGGACAGGACUGAUGAAUGUCCAGGUGCAAGAAAGCUGCUUUUUAAGGGAUACAACUAAUGAACUUCCAAGGAAACCGUGCCAGGAGUGACUAAUUAAGCAAUGGGACUGAGGAGAUCCUAGUGGAAGAGACCCGUCUCAUUAAGGGGUGGGACUAACCAACAUCCAACAAACCUGUCCGAGAAAUGACACUCAUUCAGGAACAGGACUCAUUAAGGGAGGGGAAUUAACAAGACCCCGAGGAAGUGGAUUGAGGAGAGACCCCGCUCAUCAGUGAUCCAGCCUAAAGAAGACACAAGGAACCAGGCCCAGGACUGCUCAUUAGGGGCUGGGACUGAAGAACAUCCCAUAAACCAGUCCUAGGAAUGACGCUCACAAAGGAGUGGGACUCAUGAAGGAUGGGACUAACAAGUGAUGACAUGCCAUUAGGAGAGAUCCUGAGUGAAAUUAAUGGUCUGGGCUAAUGAAGGGCUGGUGAAAGUGGCCCCAGGAAAGCUGUGCAAUUAGGUGCAGCGUACCCAAGCACAGAGCCCAACCUGCUCCCAGUGCAGCCUCUCAGGGGGCUCCAGCAGGGACCCCAGUUUCCCCCCCCGCAAUAAAGAAUUUGUACGGGGCGGGGGGUGUCCUGGAAAGGGGGGAGGGGGCACAGCCUCAGUACCCCUGGAUAACCCCAGCCCUCCCUCUGUCCCCCUAUUACAACCCCCCCAGCACCCACAACCCCCCAAAGCCCCUCUCACAGUCCCCCAUGGACACCCCCAGCCCCCUUCCUCCGUGUCCCACUCCAGCAGUGAGAUUCCCCCAGCUCACUAUGAUCCCCCCCAAAUCCCUGCCCCCACCAGCCAUGGUUCCCUCGACCUCUCUCCGGUUCCUGUGUCUGGUUCCUCGAGCUUCCCCUCAGCCGUGGUGGAGAUGAUGCAGAAGCUGCACCAGCCACCGGUGCCUCAGGGGUCGCAGGGUGUGCCAAGGUGUAGCCCUCCCCCACCCCAAAAUCUUGGGGGUCUGGGAGUGCAGUCGCCCCAA